AUGUCUUCCACACAGCCUGUUGCCCUUGUGAUAGGGGCCUCCCGAGGUAUUGGCCGCCAAAUAGCCAUUGACCUAUCUAAGAAUGGGUACACCAUAAUGCUAGCCGCAAAAACCACAUCAGAUGCCUUGAAAACGACACCAUUCCCACCUGAUCCCAAUUCUACCCAAUCAACUAUCAACACAGUAGCUCGCGAGAUUCAAGAAGCAGGCGGCCACGUAGCAGCAACGGCCGUAGAUGUCCGCGAUGCAGCACAGAUCCAACACGCUAUUGAUGAGACAUUGCGUCUAUUUGGCAAACUUGAUGUGCUGGUGUACAAUUCCGGAGCAAUCUGGUGGUCAUCUGUUGAGAACACGCCUUUGAAACGCUUCCAGCUCAUGCAGCAGGUUAACCCGGAGGGUCUGUAUGCGAGUGUCCAAGCUGCAUUGCCGCUUUUUGAGAAGAAUGGUUGGAAGGGGCGGAUCAUUGUCGUUUCGCCGCCUAUUUAUUCUCGCUUCUUUCGGGGAAAGACUGCGUAUGCAAUGGGCAAAGUUGGUAUGAGUGUCUUGGUUAAAGGGUUGGCUAUGGACUUUGUGCGACAAGGUCGUACAGAAAUGGCCAUCACAGGGAUUUGGCCGGCCUCGUCGAUAGAGUCAGCUGCAACAGAACAUAACAAAACCUCCGAUCAAUCUUUUAAAAGUGAUCUGAGAAAACCAACCAUCUUUUCCGAUGCCAUCAUCGAGAUGCUCCGCGCUGCACCAACCACUGUAAAUGGGCUCUUGAAUACAGAUGAGGACUUCCUACGUGAGAAGUGCGGUGUAUCGGAUUUCUCAAAGUACUCCGUCAUCGCAGGCUCAACUCCACGCCGAAUAAUGCCUGUGAAAUUCCCUAUCUUAGAAGUUGCUGAGCAAGAUGACGAAGGGCAGAGAAUGGACAGUGAGAAGACCAAGGCCAAACUUUAA